CGCAUCACUCUGGAGGGUGGCGCGGAGCCCCCAUGGCUGCAGGGCCCCCUUAAAGCGGCAUUUUUGGGGGCCUCUGGCGUCGGCAAAACCAGCAUAUUACAGCAAUUCUUCUACCACGACUUUCCGAAGACACAUCAGACGACUACGCGCAGAAAGAUCUACAAGAGCUGUCUGGUGUGCGACACUUGCAUACGCGAGCUGAUGGUACUCGACGUUCCACCCCAGAAACGUUUCCCGGCCGAUAACUUUGCCGAAUGGAAUAAUGGACAUCCGCUGGGGUUGCGAACCGUACACGCAUAUGUUUUGGUAUUCGACAUGGGCAAUUUGGAAACAUUUCAGUACUGCCGCGCAAUGAGAGAGCAAAUAUUGGAUAGUUUUAGUCAUCGAGAUUUUAGUAUAAUUGUAAUUGGUAAUAAAUACGACACGGUCACCGAGCUGCAGGCUACUUCACAGGAGCUGAAGGAUAUCUCAACACUGGUGCGCAAACAUUGGCGUUGUGGCUACGUGGAAUGCUCUGCCAAAUAUAAUUACAAAAUUGGCGACGUAUUCCGAGAACUGAUGGGCUGUACCAGCUCCGGUGCCAUUGUCAGCGAAUUCACACAAUCAACUAGGAAUAAAGGACGUUGCACAAUACUUUAGCGUUAUCUGCUCAAACUCUUCAAAGAAGGCAUAUGAGUCGCGGUCAAGGGGUCCAAGCUACAGCUGUAUACUUUCGAGCCCAUCGCUAAAUUUCCCACGAACAAAACGAAAGACUAACCAAAUGCCGCCAAUUUAGGUAGAUAUACUCACUUAGGUAUGCACCAUAUGAAGGGGUGAAGUCACAAAUUCACCUGUAAAAAUCAAAUUGUUGCAGCUGUUAGCUCCCUUAAGAGCGAAUUAAUGCUAGUUUAUGUGGAUUAAAAUACGCAAAUAGCCAAACAAUUUAGAACAUGUAAUUUGUAAGUACUACGUAUGUACAUAUAUGUAGUGAAUUAAGGCAAUGCUAAAGUAGAUACACUUCUAGAGAAAAAAAUCGGGAAAACAAUAAUAAAUUUAGCUUGGUAUAGAAAUUGUUAUGCAAAGGCAAGUAAUUUGAGAUUUGAACUAACUAUAAAUGAAUAUAAGGUAUUAGUAUACCCGUUUUAUUUCUCAUUAUCAGUAUAAUAAACCGAGAAUAGAGUCUAAAUUAGAAGCUAUACGAAUGUUCCCUUUUCAAUUUGAUUUCACUUAAAAUUUUAAUUAAAUUUAAAUUACUUGCCUUAACGGUACCCAUAAUAAAUUAAGAUAUUUAAUUUAUUUUCUGAUUUAAUGUCAUAAAGCCAUUCGCUCUCAACUGUGCUCUCAUGUAAAGUUGAUCACAUCGUGCUGAGCGAAGCAAGGUAAGAGAUGGUGUGAUUAAAUUCGAGUUCUCAAAGAGAACUUAAGUAUUUCUAUAUGUCUACAUCUACAUAUAU